AGCUCGCCACUCCUUGCCUCAACCCCUCCCACGGUCUCCCGAGCCCUCAUAAAGGCAUACCCAUACCUCCUCUUUGCGAACCGGCUCCUUCUGGUGGUUACAUGGACCAAUGAGGAUAUCUGGCUCUCGAUCCUCAUGGUGCUUGCGUACAACGCGCUCGUGGUCUACUACGAGCCACUCGUGACAUACGUCGGCCACCUUCUCCUUGUGGGAAUCGUUGCUUUGUACACGGUGGCGUACCGCCAGGUAACACUCCAGGCACAACAGAGACCGACGCUCGACGACGUGAUCUUCGUGCUCAACACCGUCACCGUCAGAGCCGACAUGCUCCUCUCGCCCAUCACGUCGCUCUCGCUCACGCUGGAGGACUUGAAGCGCUUACUCUUCACCACCAUCUUUCUCACGCCCAUGUACAUUGUAUUGACCUUCUUCUUUGUCAACCCGCAGAUGCUCUUGCUCCUCUCGGGCAACUUCGUGCUCACCUAUCACUCACACUUCAGUCGUGUGGGCCGUAAGAUUGCGUGGAAGUCGCGUACCGUGCGCGUGUUGUGUUUCUACCUCACGGGCUUGAACUUCAACGCCCACAACCCACACCACCGUGCGUCGCAGUUGUUUGCCUCGGCCGUGGCGAAGGUGACCAAGAGCGAGAGCACAGGAGCCAAGCCCGUGCGCUUUACUUACGUAUUGUAUGAGAAUCAGCGCCGCUGGUUGGGUAUCGGCUGGACCUCCAACCUCUUGAGCUACGAACGCACCGCCUGGACCGACGAAUUCUUGAACGAGUCUGUCGCCACUGACGAGUUCCAGCUCCCGGAGACGAACGCCUCCGCCAGGGCUCCGGACACCAUGUACUGGCGCUGGGUCGACAAGACUUGGCGCUUGGACCUCACCAACGACGGCGGACUCCAGUUGCCGCGCAGCCGGUCUAAAACUACCCCGGACCCCGGCCCCGAUGAAGGCUGGAUCUUCUCAGAUAACACCUGGAAGAAGCCCGGCACCGAAGACUCGUUUGGAAAGUACACUCGGCGGAGACGGUGGAUCAGAACGGCUGAGUUGGUCCCGAUUGGUGGUAGUGCCACCACAGUUGUGACUGGCGCCGCCGACACUUCG